AUGGAGAAGAAGCCCCGCGCCGCCGGCGACGGCCAGGGCGGCGGCGAGGCCUCCGGCAGCGGAGGAGGAGGCCUGGUCGACAUCCUCCCCGAAGCGCUCCUGGUGGAGGUCGUUGGCCGGGUGGGUCUAGAGGCCGCCUGCUCCGCCGCCGCAUCCUGCCGCGCCCUCCGAGGCGCCGCCGGUGCCGCCUUAUCCUCCGUCGCAUCCCUAGACCUCUCGGCGUUUACGCCGACGAAUGCUAUCGCGAAUAGGAUUCUUGCCGGUAAUGGAAGGCUCCGCAGCCUCGCCAUCAAUUGCAGCCUACUCAAUGACUCCGCGGUCGCUGCUAUUGCGAAGGAGAGCCUCCGCGAGCUCUCGCUGCUCAAGUGCUCGUCGUUCUCCCCAUACCUCUUUGUGGUGAUUGGCGAGAGGUGCACCAAUUUGAGAUCAAUUACACUGGAGAUGGCAAACUUGAAUGGCAGUGAACAUUUUGUGAUCUGCCGUAAAUCCAUAGCACACAUGUUCAAAGGAUGUGAUUACUUGGAGAAUCUUUCGCUGAAAUUUCCUCUCCUAGCUCCAGGCUCUGUUGAUUUUGAUUCUUUGGUGCCUGUUAUACCUAGUACCAUCAAGGUACUAUUGCUAAUGCCUGUGGCCAAUUGGCAGGCAAAGAAACUCUUUCCCAUAAGCCCAUCUGCGAAGACACCCUUCAGUGACAGUCUAGAAUCACUGUCUUUAGUUCUGGACAUAAUAACGGAUGAACUUGUUACCUUCAUCACAAGAAGUCUCUCAAACUUACUUGAGCUCUGCCUAGAAGACAACCCUGGAAGUGAAGCAGAUCUGGACAAUGAUCUGACCAAUAUUGGGCUGCAAGCGCUUGGCUUAUGCCAGAACUUGACACAUUUAUCUCUUACACGCGGUAAGCAGGGUUGUUCUUCCACCUUCAGAAGGGUAAACGACUUUGGGCUACUGAUGCUUGCUGAAGGAUGCAAGCAACUCCAAACCAUUAGGCUUGGUGGGUUCUCUAAAGUGAGAGAUGCUGGAUAUGCAGCCCUUCUCCACUCUUGCAAGGACCUGAGGAAAUUCGAGGUCAGUACUGCCUCAUGUUUGUCAGACUUGACGUGCCUCGAUCUUGAUGAGGCAGCAACAAAGAUCACGGAAGUGAGAUUGCUAUCCUGUGGUCUCUUAACCAGCGAGACAGCAAUAUCUCUCUCAUCCUGCACCAACUUGGAGGUUCUUGAUCUGUCGGGUUGCAGGAGCAUUGCAGACUCUGGCCUGUCCUCCAUCUCACAGCUUUCCAAGUUAACACUAUUGGACCUUGCCGGAGCUGACAUCACCGAUGCAGGUCUGUCAGCACUCGGUAACGGGAGCUGCCCAAUAUCUUCCUUGUGCUUGAGGAGUUGCAGAAGGAUCACCAACAACGGCAUAGCCUCAUUGCUGUGUGGGAGUGGCAUCAUCAACAAAACCUUGGUCGCGUUUGACAUUGGGAACGUACCAAGGAUAUCGGGUAGAGCCGUCACAUUGAUCGCCAAGAACUGCGAGCGGAUAAGCAGCCUGUGCCUCCGAAACUGCGUCCUCAUCACCGAUCCAUGCCUCGAGACUCUAGGUUUGGACCGGCAUGGCUCUGGCAAAAGCACCCUGAGAAUGCUCGAUCUCUCCUACUGUACCAGGCUGUCCCGCAACUUCCUGAGGCUGUUUGAUCCGCUGGUUGACCCGCCGCUGUUCCGAGGCCUGCGGUGGCUCGGCGUUGGGAAGAACGUGCUGGAGCGUCGAGGGGGCAGUCCGACCGUUGCAGAGAUCCUGGAGCGGAAGCCAGGGCUGACGAUAUGUGGCAGUAACUGCGAGAUGGGUUGCAGGAACCAGUGCCAUCCUGAUGUUCGCACCCUGUAA